AUGGGAGAUGACUUUCACUUGACUCCCCGCCAGAUCUGGGCGAAUCCAACACCGACUACGACAAAGACUUAUUCGCCGGGCUGUACGCCAGUCGUUUUGCCCAGUAAUGGAAUCGUAUGGCUCAACAAUUCAUAUCCUAUUACCCUCACUGAAAAUGCUGUGUUUGAGCCUGUCUGUACGGGCUCUCCAACCGACGGGGUUCACAUCUCCGCCGUUCUCGAUACUCGCGACCCAUUCUAUUCCUCCAUUACCCCACAGCUCUAUGCUAUCGGCUGCGCCACUGUCGUUAGCUAUCUCCUCGUCAUUAUUCUGCUUAUCACACCGCGCACAUUCUACGUUGGUGGUCCCGGUGGCGGGGCCAAUUUCCUCAGUCGCCAUGGUAUGAUCAGUGGGUCGUAUAGCGGGAACUCGUCGGUGGUUGGAGUCGGUGGACGGCCAUGGCUGCAAAAAGUGGCUGCGAUUUUGGUUGCAAUCUCAUUGACUAUUGCUACGGUCGAUUCCUUCCGAGUCGCUGAGCGGCAAUACAACUAUGGGUUCUCCGAUGCCGAGGCGCUUUCCGAGGAGGUUAUUGAUGGACUGGAAAUUCGCAUCGUGCGCGUUAUAUCGAGCACGUUCCUUUGGCUCGCGCAGGUUCAGACAUUGAUUCGAUUAUUUCCCCGACAUAAGGAGAAAGUCAUGAUCAAAUGGGCAGGGUUUGCGUUGAUCGUCCUGGAUACGACUUUUAGCAGUUUGGAGAAUUUCUGGGUGAGGAACUCAUCCACGAGACCUAGACUUUACGACGAUGCGAUCCCUGCUCUGAGUUACUUGUUUGAGUUGUCGCUUAAUCUUCUCUACGCCGCUUGGGUCAUCUUCUACUCUAUAUCCAAGCACCGAUACGCUUUCUUUCACCCCAAGAUGCGCAAUAUCUGCUUGGUGGCGCUUCUAUCGUUAUGCGCUAUUCUAAUACCGGUCGUAUUCUUUGUUAUGGAUAUUGCCAAACCGGAAAUUGCUGGCUGGGGUACCUAUAUUCGAUGGGUAGGUUCUGCAGCGGCCAGUGUGGUGGUAUGGGAGUGGGUGGAACGCAUUGAGGCGUUGGAACGCGAUGAAACCAAAGACGGAAUUCUAGGACGCGAGGUCUUCGACGGGGAUGAAAUGCUUGAAGUCACCCCUUCGGAAGAAGUUGACUGGCCACGUUUCUCGCCCCAAGGACACGACCGAAGUGGCGGCAACGGUGCAUCAUCUGGAUGGGGAGGCGUGAUGGGUUUAGCCCACCGUCCCUUAAGAGCUCGUGCUGGAUUGCCCCGAAGCAACCGAAACAAAGGCGCCAAAGCCUCAUCAAAUAACCGCGUCGCUGCGUCGAGGCAGCAGGGUUCACGCCAGAACCGGCCCACACCACCACCAGCGGCGAUCACACCAGUUAGCCGUGCAGAUACUACGAGUGCAGCAAGCACAGUAUACAAUGUCCGGUAUCACCCAGUUGCCAGCCCUACGCCGCCUGCCGCAAUACCGGAUAUGGACGAGGAGGAGGAAUUCGACGAAGCCAAGGAGCUGGAACAAGGGGACUUACAAACUCCUGAUAUGAAUGGCCAUUCUCUUUCUACUCAAAACACCCGCGAGCAGUCACCGCAGAUUGUCCAGACCGACCCGCGAUGGCAUGUCAUUCUCAAUCCAUUCAAGAGGCGACGUGCAUCUCUGCCCAAAGAAGUGGCGUCUGCACAGGCCGGCGAAGAAUUCUCAAACCACAGACCAUCUGCUGCGUUGGGUGAGGAGGCAGAGGCAGAGACAAACGCUGCCCGGUCGCGAACUGAUAAUUUCUUUUCUAUCUACCGUAAAGGGCGACUAAGGGCUGGGCUACAAAAUCCCGAUGGUUCGUUACCAGUCACCGUUAUCCCAGCCCGUCGGCGCGGCCAGCACACAUGGUCACCACAGAAUCGACUGUUGGAGGAAGCCCAGCCAGCGGGAGAGAGCCGGCCCAUCCAACCCCCUCCACAACACGAAACAUCCUCUCGCCGGUCCAAUUUACCUGUGCGGGUUAUUCCCAAUCAACCACAGGCGUCCGCCCCAUGGACGGAGGCAGACGUGGAGCGAGGAGGCGGGGACUAUGUGCUACACUAUGACCCCGAAGCUGCGGCGCUGGUCAACGAGGAUGUCAACCCUUUGGAUCAUCAUGAUCGUGUCAUCACUUAUGACCAACGCAGCUGGACUGAUACAACAUACUCGGAAGACCGGAAUGAUGUGUCACUUGAAGAUGAAGAGCAACCGGUCGAACCACACAUACAACCCGGACCGGAGCACAGACGUUCCGACGAACAGCAUGGCCGAAACUCUUCAUCAAACUCCGCACGAGAGUGA